GACAGGAUUCUUGUGAAAUAUGUGUCUCACCAGGUUUAGUGAUGAUGAUGGAAUGUGUUUUACUCCACCUACCUACACUCCAAAGAGCACUUAACCAGGAAGUCAGUCCUCGCUCAGAAAGAACAAUUGAACCUAUCAAAAUCCUCUCCCGCCCUGUGAAAAUUGGCAAAAUGGCAGAAGAUAGCAGGAUUUCAGUAGACCACAUGCAGUUCAGCUGUUCCAUUUGCCUGGAUCUUCUGAAGAAUCCGGUGACUACUCCCUGUGGACACAGUUUUUGCAUGGAAUGUAUUAAUGACUUUUGGGAUCAUGUAGUUCAGGGGGCUGUCUACACCUGCCCCCAGUGCAGGGAAGCUUUCGUGCCAAGACCUGUUCUGCGGAGGAACAUCGCCAUGGCUGAAGUGGUGGAGAAACUUAAAAGGAAAGAGCUGAGAAGCAUGUCUCCUACUCAGCAUACCUUGGGACUGGGAGACGUGGAGUGCGACAUCUGUUCUGAGAGUAAAGACAAAGCCGUCAGGUCCUGCCUGGUGUGUCUGGCUUCGUUUUGUGAAACUCAUCUCAAACCUCACUAUGAAUCUCCUGUAUUUAGGAAGCACAAGCUAGUCCAACCAUGCCAACAACUACAAGACAAAGUCUGUGCUCAGCAUGACAAAUUGAUUGAGAUCUAUUGUCAUACGGACCGAAAAUUUAUUUGCUCAUUGUGUAUUUUGGAUGAACAUAAAGGCCAUUAUACAGCAUCAGUAAUGUCAGAAAGAAGCAAACAACAGAGCCAUAUGAAGGAACUGCAAAGGAAAUCACAGCAGAAAAUCCAUGAGAAAGAAAAGAAACUGCAGGACUUCAAAGAAGCUGUGAACACUCUUAAGUGCUCUGCCGAGGUAGCCUUGGAGGGGAGUGAGAGAACCUUAACCGAGCUGCUCCUCUCCAUUGAGAAAACGUGCUGUGAGGUGAGAGAGCUGAUCACAGCUCGGGAGAAGGCUGAACUGAGUCGAGCUGAAGGACUCCAGGAGCAACUGGAGCAGGAGAUUGCUGAUCUUAAGCGGUCAAAUGCUGAACUGGAGCAGCUCUCCUACACAGAGGAUGAUAUCUAUUUCCUCCAGAGGUUCCGGUCUCUCUGUUCAGCUUCUAAAGCUAAGGAUACUAACAGGGUGGCUAUCAAUCGUCAUCUUUCAUUUGAUGGAGUGAGUAAAUCGCUGUCAGAUCUGAAAGAGCGCAUAGAUGAAUUCUGUAAGGACGAAUUCAACAAAAUCCAUUCACUUGGUAGGUGCAUCUUAAUAAAUUUUUUCUAUAUUUUAAUAGUUGCCAAAGUUCAGAUGGUCUUACCCUAUGAACCAAAAACAAGAGAGGAAUUUCUACAGUAUUUUUGUAGGUUGACCCUGGACCCCAACACAACAAAUGAAGCACUUGAUCUAUCUGAGAACAACAGGAAGGCAACGCGCAGCGGAGGUCUGAAGCAGUACCCCAGUCAUCCUGAGAGAUUUGACGCUUUUGGCCAGGUGCUGUGUAAGGAGGGCUUGGAUGGUCGCUGUUACUGGGAGGUUGAGUGGAACAGGGGUGGACGGGUGUACAUAUCAGUCUCGUAUAAAGGGAUCAGCAGGAAAGGACAAGGUAAUGAGUGCUGGUUAGGACACAACAGCCAGUCCUGGAGUUUGGAGUGCGGUUCCACUCUCUCCAUCUGGCACAACAACUUGCAGACUAAGAUCCCCAGCCUACCAUCCUUCAGAGUAGGAGUGUAUGUGGAUCACAGCGCGGGGACUCUGUCCUUCUACAGCGUCGCAGACACAAUGACUCUCCUAUAUAGAGUUCAGACCACAUUUACUCAGCCCCUGUAUCCGGGGUUUUGGAUCAAUGUACUUGCAACAGCAAAAUUAUGUGAAUGUAGAGAAUAAAAUGAGCACCAUUAAAUGGAAUGCUUAAUGUGUAUUAGGGAACACAAUCCAUAUUCAACAGAAGUAUAUGGAAAUUGUACUUCUUUCAAGUACAAUUUUCUCAAAAUAUGUCAAUAUUAUAUAUAAACUUAUUAUCAUUGAACCAUGUCCAUACUUAAUCUAAAUUAAAAUAGAAUGCUUUUACAAAAGAAUAAUUG